CACAUGUCAACCAUACCGUGGAAUCAACUUCCGAAAACGUACCAAGACGCCGUCACCGUGGUACGAGAGCUGAAUGUACGGUACAUUUUGAUUGAUUCACUGUGCAUCUUGCAAGACGGACUGGCUCCGGGAAUCCAGCAGGAUGGGUACCAUCUAUGAGAGGGCGCAUCUAACGAUAGGCGCAUGCCAUGCUGCCAACUCGACAGAAGGUUGCUUUUUCGAACGGAAAGCUGUUACCCG